AUGAGACAUCGCCAGGACAACGACGAGCUGCGCAUCGCACCGUUCCCUCUCACCAGCCGCUCCCUGACAAACCUGCCAAAGCUUCGGGAGGAAGAGGCCGCCAGACUGUUCCAUCAGAUAGCUUCGGCCGUGGCGCAUUGCCAUGACAACGGACUGGUCCUCCGGGACCUGAAACUGAGGAAGUUUGUCUUCAGGAACGAGGACAGGAGCCUUGUGAAACUGGAGAGCCUGGAAGACACCUACAUCCUGGACGGCCACGACGACUCCCUGUCAGACAAGCACGGGUGCCCGGCGUACGUCAGCCCCGAGAUCCUCAACGCCAGCGGCAGCUACUCGGGCAAAGCGGCCGACGUGUGGAGUCUGGGCGUCAUGCUCUACACCAUCCUGGUGGGCCGCUACCCCUUCCACGACGUGGAGCCUGGCUCUCUGUUCAGUAAGAUCCGACGUGGUCACUUCAGCAUCCCAGAGACCCUCACACCCAAGGCCAAGUGCCUGAUCCGGAGUAUCCUCCGCCGGGAGCCCGCAGAGCGCCUCACCUCCCGGGAGAUCCUGGAGCACCCCUGGUUCUCCUCCGGGGCGGCAGGGGGCGCUGUGGCGCAGGGCCGGGCGGAGAGGGAGCAGGAGCAGGCGGUGCCAGAGGUCAGCAUGGAGGAAGAGCUGGAACAGUUCUUCAGCUGAGCCCGCCCGACGAGAAGCACAAAAGGGAGGACUGGGCCCAUGGUCACCUCGCCGCGGUCUCGCAGAGCCAAACUGUAGUUGUAGUUUAGCAGGUGGACAUUGUGUCACUCACUUACGGUGGUCCAUCCCUUUUCCACCAUUCCAUGGAACCUUCAAGCCUGAGCCCUGUCUUAACAGGUUAGGAGCCACUCAAACAUCACGAGGGUCAGACUUCCCAUUAGGAGUCAACGCUGCUGAACAUGCAAGUCGCAAACGAUGUAGCAAACAUUCUUUAGUUUUCUGUUUUAGUUUAUUCAUGGUGCUCUGCAAGCAGAGACAGACGCCAUGCUGAGACACUACGGAAAGCGCAAAGGGACAGGAAACCUCAGCCAAGGAGAACAAGACAAACUGACAGUUGGACUGCAACACCACUCCUCCAUGAGUCCUCUCAAAGCUUGAGGUAGCACUUGCCCCCAAAUCACAGGUCUAGGAUUAGCUUAACCAACCUAGAAUUCCUACCUUAACCCAUAAGGAAGACUGACUCUUUCUGAUCUUCUACCUGUACUGGUUAGAAGUAGGAUAAGUCUACCUAUUGUCACAGUCACAAUGACAUGUAUGUUUUGUUUUGCAUUCUUAUUUUUUAUCCAGCGUUAGUCACCCAUAACCGAACGUACCUUUGACGUUAGAAAAGCUCUUUCACUCACAUAGAGGGUAGAUACUCACUAAACAAUCAUAUGUAUCUCUUUUAACUUGUGUAUUUUAGCCUCUGUUUAGCCUUACCGUAUGCUAACUGUGUACUUCUCGCCUAGAUUAGGUUUCCACCUUUCAUUUGUCAUGUGUCUUUUAAGUUCACAAUAACCUUGUCAUUUUUUUAAGCUAUUCCAUAAAUUGUUACUGCUGCUUUAAUAUCUCUCCCUUAAGAACCUUAACAUUUCUCUUGUAAAGCCUCCAAAUGUGGCGUCAUGCACUUGAUUCACACAGGUUAAGCGAGCAAUUCCUUCUCCUUAGACUAGCUUCUUCUAUUUAAGUUCAGCUUCUCAUUUUUAGGAACGAAAAACAGAAAUGUUUUAUUUAAAUUGUAACAACUAUAUAAAUAUAAAUAUAUAUAUAUAUUUAAAAAAACACAUUGCAGGGUUUUUCUUUUUUCAAAAAUACCUUUUUCAUGAAUAAUGUCUGCAAUAUUUUGGACACAGGACAGGUGCAAAGGGAGGAAAGUAUGUCCAAAGUUUUAGAAUAAACGUAUAUUUCUUUUUGUGCCAGUAUUUCUGUGCCCGACAUCCCAUGCCACAGUCGCCCUUGUUUUUUUUCUAGACUUGACACCAGUUAUUCUACCAUAUUAUUAUUACUAUUAACAUGGUCUCCAGUACCUCAUGUUAGUUUUCUACUGCCUGCGUAGGUUCUGUGAAACGAUCAUGUUCUGAAUGGGUACCAGUGGACAUGUUUUGUUGUAUCUCAAUGUUACUUGAAUUUGUGUUUUUAUCUAGUUAUUGGCAUGUGCCCUAUGAAUGCUUUAGACUGCUUAGCAGGGGUGUAACAGCUAGUUUAUUUUUAUUUUUAAGAAAAGUAAAAAAAAAAAAAAAUUCUCAAUAUACUACUUUCUGAGUUGCUUUUAAAACAACUAUUGCUUUCCUUUUUUUUGUUUAGUAGAAUGAGCUACCCUUAUUUAAGUUGGUGCUGAUUUGGUGCUAAUGUUAAGAGUCCUUUUUUCUUUUCGUUUUCAGAGGGGGGUGGUGCAUGGUGGGAUAUCUGCCUCGGAUGUUUUGAUUGUAACGUAACAAAUUCUGGUGUUUUGUCCAAAUUCGGUAAAUAAAAUUGUGAACUGCU